AUGGCCGAUCAGCCGAAAGACAAGGACCGGCGGGGCCGCGGUCACCCUCCCUCUCGGGAGGUGCAGAUCUCCAAGGCAAUGAGCUUGCUGCUGCGACAUGCCGCCGAAAAGGAGGGCCUUAAGAUGAACGCUCAGGGGUAUGCGAAUGUGGCAGACGUGCUAGCAUGGAGGAAACUCAAGUCCCUCAAAGUCACAUUCGACGAAGUGCGUCACGCCGUGGCAUCCUCCGACAAGAAGCGCUUUGCUCUCCUCCACAUUCCUUCCGCCCAACCGACCGAGUCUACAACAAAAGCGACAACCACACCUGCCACGGCACCGGGGUCGGGCCACGGGGACGCAGAACUGGCAGCAAACGAUGGCCAACCUCCGGCGUCGGCCCUAGACGCGCCCGAGUCGAGCGAAGAUCAACAGAAUGCGACAGAGCAGGCCUUGUCUGUCACCGACAUCAACCCGUUCAAUUUCCUCAUCCGCGCGACUCAAGGCCACAGUAUUAAAUGCGUUGAAGCGGCAUCCUUCCUCGAACCGCUCUCUCUAGCAGAUGAAUCCAAGCUUCCGGAGACUGUGGUCCACGGUACAUUCCACGGUGCAUGGCCUGCUAUCCUGCAGUCAGGUGGGCUACAGUGCAUGAGGCGUAAUCAUGUCCAUUUCGCCACAGGGCCAUCCCUAGAGUCCGUUCUAGCGGCGCAGCAACACCGGAAUAAAGGCCAAGAAAAAGAUGGAAAGGACCAAAAUCAGGUCAUUUCAGGUAUGCGGCAGGAUGCACAGGUUCUGAUUUAUUUGAAUUUGCGCAAGGCACUCGCAGCUGGAUGUCCAUUUUGGCGCAGUGAGAAUGGUGUUAUCCUGAGUGAAGGCCUGCCUGUUCCUAAGGGCAAGGAAGAUUCCAACGGACAACCAGUGAAGAAUGUCUCUGUUGAUUUCUUCGAUGUGGUGGUUGAGCGCAAGGCUGGCUUGGGGAAGAUCUGGGAACGUGGGGAGGAACUACAGGAACUACCAGCGCAUCUGGCUCAGAAGGGAAAUUCCAAGGGUACUAGACGAUGA